ACCCAGUCUCUCUCAGGCUCCCAGACCGAAAGUGGACCAGCAACAGGGCUCCUCUAGGGAGGACGCAAACACACUCGAGAACAUUAUGAGCUUCCAUUCAGACUAUGAAUUUCAUGAGAAUUACUAUGACCAUUAUAAUGACAGUUCAAACUACAGCUACUAUGAUGAGGACUUUGAAGAUUACCAUACGGUGUGCGACAAAUCGGAUGUUCGCUCCUUUGCUGGUCUAUUCCUCCCAGUGGUCUACAGCCUAGCACUUGUGGUAGGCCUGGCUGGAAACUCCAUGGUUGUAUUCAUCUACCUAUUCCACAAAUGCCUACGGACAUUAACAGAUGUCCUCAUCCUUAACCUGGCCUUUGCAGACCUCCUCCUCCUCUUCACCCUACCAUUUUGGGCAGCAGGUGCUAUGAACGGCUGGGAGAUUGGUGUGGUGGCCUGCAAGAUAACCGCAGCCCUCUACACCAUCAACUUCAGUUGUAGUAUGUUUCUACUAGCCUUCAUUAGUGUGGAUCGUUACAGAGCGCUUGCCCAGGGCUCCAGCACGUAUACCAGGUCACCUGAAAAACCAAGGAGACAGAGGCUGAUACCUUGCCUCUUGGUCUGGACUGCAGCCUUUAUGUUUGGCUUGCCAGAUUUUUUCUUCACCACCGUCAAGCAGCACUCCUCUGGCCACAAAUCUUGCAGGGCAGUGUACCCACAUAGUAUGGCACAAGCUGCAAAAGCUAGCUUGGAGUUUCUAGAGGUGUCACUGAACUUCCUGCUACCUUUCCUGGUGAUGAUGUUCUGUUAUUACCAGGUGGGAAAAACCCUGAGUCAGACAGCAACAACAGGAAUGAGAGAAGUACAGAGGUGGAAAGCCUUCCGGGUCCUGAUUGCUGUCGUGGGGGUGUUUCUGCUGACCCAGCUGCCAUAUAACAUAGUUAAGCUUAUACGAACCAUAGAUAUCAUCUAUUCUUUGGUGACAAGCUGUGAGGUCAGUAAAGGACUGGAUCAAGCCACUCAAGUCACAGAGAGCUUGGCACUCACACACUGUUGCCUAAACCCAAUUCUAUAUGUCUUCAUUGGCUCAUCCUUCAAGGUGCACGUGCUAAAGAUUGCUAAACGCUAUGGACAGACGGGGAGGCUCUGUCAUCAAGAGAGCAGGCAGCCUCCUAGAGUGGAGAUCACGCUAAAAACACAGGCCCACACAAACAGCAAUGCAUACUCAGAAUCAGACGAGGAACAAACAAGUACAUUUACCAUCUAGGACACAGACCUGAUGACCAGGUACCAAAGACUGGAAACCUAAAGACUGCAUUUGUGUCAUUUAUUUUAUACACACACACACACACACACACACACACACACACACACACACACACACACACACACUGUCCACUUUAAUAGGAAAACCUGUACACCGGCACAUUCAUGCAGUUACCUAAUCAGCCAAUCAUGUGGCAGCAGCGGUGUGCAAAAGAUCAUGCAUGUACAGGUCAAGAGCUUCGGGUCGUGUUCACAUCAAACAUCAGAAUGAAGAAAAAAACGUGAUAUCUGUGACUCUGAUAGUGGCAUGGAUGUUGGUACCAGAUGGGCUGGUUUGAGCAUUUCAAAAAUUGCUGACCUGCUGAGAAUUUCACACACAACAGUCUCGAGAGUUUACACAGAUAACACCUUUUCCCUAUAUUGAUCUUUGCUGUGAACAUUAACUCAAGCCCUUGUCUUGUAUCUGCAUGAUUUUAUACAUUGUCCUUCUCCCAUAUGAUUGAAUAACUGGAUAACUGAAAAAACAAAAAGGAGCAGGUGUACAAGCGCUCCUAUUAAAAGUGGAUGGUGAGUGUAAAUAGCGUUCCCAAAAUACAGUAAUAGCUUAAAAAAAAAACAACAUGUUCAGAA